UGCUCCACUCCCAGCUGCCCUCACUUCCUGCUGGACUUCCUUCCCAGCAGCUUCGCAAGGACGGGGCUUGGGAGAGAUGGCAGAGGUGAAGAGAGAGAUUUUCGGGCACAUGCCCCCGGAGGAUGGAGGAGGGGAGGUGGAGAAAUUUGUGCUGCAGUCAGACAGCGUCAGAGUGGAAAUCCUGUCCUUUGGGUGCAUAAUCGCCGCACUGGAGACAAGAGACAGGGCCAAGCAAUUUGCAGACAUUGUCCUGGGCUUUGACACGCUCGAAGGCUACACGAGGAAGCACCCCUUCUUUGGAGCUGUGGUAGGUCGUGUUGCCAACAGGAUUGCCAAAGGGAAGUUCACCAUGGAUGGAAAAGAGUAUCAGCUAUUCCUUAAUAAUGGGCCCAACUCACUGCAUGGAGGAGCCAAGGGCUUUGACAAGGUUCUCUGGAGCCCCCAGAUCCUCCCAAACGGUGUCUGCUUCUACCGGCUCAGCCCUGACGGUGAGGAGGGCUACCCCGGUGAGCUGAAGGUCUGGGUCACCUACACGCUCAAUGGCAGUGAGCUGGCUAUCAACUAUCGAGCCCAGACCAGCAAGAAGACACCCAUCAGCCUGACCAACCAUGCGUACUUUAACCUGGCAGGGCAGGGCUCGCCUGAUAUCUAUGACCAUGAGAUUUCUAUUGAAGCGGAUUCCUACCUACCUGUGGAUGACACCAAGAUACCAACUGGGGAGGUGGCUGCCGUGCAGGGCACUGGCUUUGACCUCCGUCAGCCGGUGCAGUUGGGGAAGCACCUGAAGCAGUUCCACCUGGAUGGCUUCGAUCACAACUUCUGCCUGCCGCUGGGGCAGACUCGGCACCUCGUGGCCAGGGCUCACCACCCGCCCAGCGGCAGGACCAUGGAGGUUCACACCACCCAGCCUGGCCUCCAGUUCUACACUGGGAACAACCUGGAUGGCUCCCUGAAGGGCAAAGGUGCUGCCAUCUACCCCAAGCACUCAGCGUUCUGUCUGGAAACCCAAAACUGGCCCGAUGCUGUGAACAAGCCUCACUUCCCCUGUCCUCUGCUCCUGCCCGGGGAGGAAUACAACCACACCACCUGGCUGUGCUUUGGCACUGCCUGAGGAGAGAGGCCAGUUCCUGCUGCAGGAAGGAGGGCUUGCGCUUCUUUGAGGGCUUCCUGAUGGCGAACGACUGGAAGGAAAAGAAUCUGCAGUUAAUAUUUCAGCAGUGAUCUGGGAUUCACAAACAUGGGAAGAUCAGGAGGGUACCUGCACUACUCUGUAACCCUUCAGGCACUGUUUUUUCUCUUUUUUUUCCUAGAUAAAAUAACCAAUUACUGUUGACAACAUAAGUAGGCUAAUGAUGAGACAAUACAUUUAUUUUUUACUUU